AUUGAACACCUUGUUUUCAAAGAGAUUGUUGCUUCUGAAUUGGUAGUUUUUAUUGAUGGUGUAAUGUGGUUCAGUAAUACCAUACUGUAUUGGGUGUUUUUUUAUUUUCUUAUUUCUGCCUUUGUGGUUCAAGAAUGCAGUACUGUAGACUUGGUGUAUUGUUCCAACAGUGCAAAUUGUCUUCCACUUUCUUACUGUACUACACUUAAGCUUAGCUCAGAACUCCAGUAUUGUAGAUGGGGUGGUGGAGAAUCUUUUAUAUGUUGCCCUAAAAUUCAUACAUUUUCAGAAUGUGGAGUAUUGUCAUCCUCUUUUGAACACGACAUGUUAGCAGCUGUAGUAGGUGGUUUUUCAGUCAGAACUGCAAAAUCUGCUCCAUGGAUGGUUGCAGUGGGAGAACAACUGAAUCCUUUACAACUGGAAUGGUUCUGUGGUGGCAGUCUAGUAUCAAAAAACAGAGUUCUUACAGCAGCACAUUGUGCUGAGCGUAGGCGAGCUGAUAUUGUUCGAGUAGGGGAACUUGAUUUCCUCAGUUCUGAUGACAGUGCCUUCCCCCAAGAUGUAUCUGUUGUUGGUGUUGUUAAACAUCCUCAAUAUAAGGCUCCAAGUUUUUAUUUUGAUAUUGCAAUUUUGAAAUUAAAAAAUGAUGUGACAUUUAAUGAUUAUGUGAAACCAAUAUGCCUACCAAUGUCGAAUAGUAAGGAAAAUUAUGAAGGAACAAUUGCUAUGGUAACUGGAUGGGGACGAGUUUUGGGUGGUAAAAGGAGAUCAACCCUACAGGCUGUUCAAGUAACAAUUGUCAAUAACAACAAUUGUUCAGAAUUGUAUAUGAGGCCUGAUGUUAAGCAUUUCCAUUAUCCCAAUGGAAUCAUUAGUUCCCAAUUAUGUGCAGGACAUUCUAAUGGAGGUAGAGAUGCAUGUCAGGGGGACUCUGGAGGACCUCUUGUAAUAGUGGAAAGUGGUAUUCACAUAUUGAUUGGUCGGCGGUUGGACUCGUCCCUAGCUGAUCCAGCUCGUUUCCUGAAGGUCGUGCAAGAACACGCUAGGGAGCCUAGCGUCAUGCCCACACCAGCAAUUAAAGUGUUGGCGCUUGCUUCAAACGUACGGCGAAGAUGUUACCGUAUCACUUGCUACUCUUCAAGAGGUAUUACAAACAACGUUGCGAACGAAGAAGUGAUUGCUAAACCUUUACAAUCUGCUCGGCCAUUCAAGGAGAUACCUGGACCGACGUCAUUUCCUUUAAUAGGGACAUUACUGAAUUAUCUUCCCGUUUUGGGUAAAUAUGACUUUGAUAGAUUACAUAGGAAUGGUAUGCUUAAAUUACAAGAAUUUGGUCCUUUAGUUCGAGAAGAGAUUGUACCAGGAACCAAUAUUGUUUGGGUAUUUACUCCACAGGAUAUAGAAACAGUAUUUCGUUGUGAGGGUCGAUACCCAUUUCGUCGAAGUCAUUUAGCUGUAGAUAAAUACAGAAAAGAUCGACCAGAUUUAUACAACUCGGGAGGCCUUUUACCUACAAAUGGUGAUAAAUGGUAUGAACUUCGAAGUACAUUUCAAAAAGCUUUAAGUCGGCCCCAAAAUAUAAGGUUGUAUGUGCAAGGAUCUGAUCAUAUUCUACAACAAUUUAUGGAUGUAAUAAAAUCUAGAGGGAAUUUAUCGACAGAGGAUUUUGUUCCUUAUCUGUCUCAUGUAUUUCUAGAAUUGGUUGGCCUUGUCGCAUUUGAUGCUGAGUUGGAAGGAUUAACAGAAGCAGGUUUGCAACCAGACUCUUUGGCAUCACAAUUGAUAGAUGCUGCUGAGACAGCAAAUGGAUGCAUUGUAGCUUUAGAUAAUAGUCUUCAGUUAUGGCGAUGGAUUGAAACUCCAUUAUACAAAAAACUGAAAAGAUCACAUGAAAUUAUGGAGAGAAAACAUGAUUACAGAGUUGCUGUCACUCUUGUCAAUCGUAAAAAGUCUCUUAUCGAAUCUCAAAGAUUGACCGAAAAUAAACAGCCAUCUUUACUUGAAAUAUACCUCUCAGAUCCUAAAAUAUCGGUGAAAGAUAUAGUAGGAAUGGCAGUAGAUAUGAUUCUUGCUGGAAUGGAUACAACAUCCUUCUCUUCUAGUUUUGCCCUGUAUCAUUUGGCCACAAAUCCUAAUUGUCAAAAAGCAUUACAACAAGAGUGCCGUGAACUACUGCCUACCCAAGAAUCUCCUGUUACAUUGGAGGUGUUGGACAAAGCUCAGUAUACUCGUGCUGUCAUCAAAGAAUCUCUGAGAUUGAAUCCAGUUUCUGUUGGAGUCGGUCGCAUCCUCCCUGAAGAUGUAAUCUUAAGUGGUUAUCAUGUUCCCAAAGGGACAAAUAUUGUUACUCAAAAUCAAGUGGCAUGUAGAUUAUCUGAAUAUUUUCCUAACCCAAACAGUUUUAUACCAGAACGUUGGAUCAAAUCAAGUUCUUUAUUUCAAAAACCACAUCCAUUCCUUCUUUUGCCCUUUGGGCAUGGUCCAAGAUCUUGUAUUGCACGUCGCCUAGCUGAACAAAACAUGCAUAUGUUAUUUCUAAAGAUCUUCCGAAAUUAUGAUGUUAAGUGGUGUGGUGGAACUUUGGAUUGCAGAUCGCUUCCUAAUAAACCUGAUCAACCUCUGUUGUUAUCAUUUAAAUCUGUGGAUUAUUAAUGGUCUUAAAUGAGAAUAUCAAAAGACCACACUUUGUGGAAAGGGUAAUAAAAAUAAUAUGAAGGUGCAAGGAAAAACAAAAGAGUUUUUAAAAAUAAAUAAAAAUAUUUUUGCUUUGUGGAUACAUUUUAUUAAUGAAUACUGUCUGCAUUGAUUUUUACUUUUUAAUAAAAGAGCAUUUGAAAAUA